AAUUGACAUGACGACACAUAUACGAGCGGAGAUUAUACUUUUAUUAUUCUUAAUGAGGGUAACAAACUGCCGAUUAGUAGUUUGGUGGAAGUUUAUGAAAUUCUAUGUACAUAACCAUGAAAUUACAUUGUAUUAAAGCCGUCUCACAUGUGUUUUUUUCACGGGCAACCUUAGUGGUACAAGUAUCGGCAACAUCAUAGUAAUAAUCGAACGAUAACUAUAUUUCUGGAUGUAGAUGUAAAUGAAACAGCAAGACGUAAGAGAAAUGAUAUGAGGAAAUGUUUGUUGAUCCUCGAUGCAUUACCACAAUAUCAGAUAAAUCUUUAUGUAUUCACCCCUCUUCCAUCAACUUCAGCCCCUAUGUUGGAUUUGCUAAAGUGGAACAGGAAGUGGUAUUGCACAUCUAUAAAGUUUUUCAUCUUCUCUUCUCCACAUUAUAGAAUCUCCACAUUACUGAUUAGAGAAUAGCCACUGUGGGGUCAAACUUUUGUGGUGCAGGAAGUUUAUCUUACUCCAAAAUCUACA